AUGAAUUUAAUAAAGAAAUCCGUUUUCGAAGCAAACAUGUCGCUCGACAGAUACAAAAUGGAAUUAUCGUUGCUCAUCGUCUGCCUGAUAAUUUGCUGCCAUUGCCAGGAAACCGAAAAACGAGAAGAAGAAAAGGAGAUCUUCGAAACGGCCGAAAGGAGCUUCAGACCGUUAUUUUUGUAUCGAAGAAGGCAAGUUCAACGAACCGGAAACGCUGCUAAUAAUAACAAUAACAAUAAUAACGCAAACAGAAACGGUUAA